AUGGCUUCACAAAUGCUAUACUUUAUCGUCCUCUCCCUUGCAAUAUUAUCUUGUUCAUGGGGAUAUCAACAAGAGGAGAAUAUUGUGUUUUACUUGCGUGACAUAGUGAGCAAACCCAAUGCAACAGCCAUAGUAGUUGCAGGAGCAAAUGGAUCAACAUCCAUACAGAAUCUAGACUUUGGAUCGGUGGUGGUUAUAGAUGAUUUUCUCACUGAAAUGCCUGGUCCCUCUUCCACCGUUGUGGGAAGGGCCAAAGGAUUCUAUGCCUAUUCAGAUGUUGACGCCAAUGCAGUUCACAUGGUGUUCUCCCUUGUGUUUCAGAAUAGGAAAUAUAAUGGGAGCACCCUUGAAUUCCAUGGAACACUAGAUAUCCUCACGAGGUCCUCUGGAAGUGAGGUGUCUGUGGUGGGAGGAACGGGAAAAUUGAGGUAUGCUCGUGGGUAUUCCAUCCUUACUUUCCAAUCGGACAUUGGCUUGGAUAGCAUUGUCGAAUUCAACACUUCCUUUCGACUUGAUUAA